CAAGACUCUCAGGACGCACGCGCACCAUACGUGAACCACGCGCGCCAUGGACGGCCCUUCCGACGCGGAAAAGCUUCCCGUCACUAUCGUCACCGGAUUCCUCGGCGCGGGAAAGACAACUCUGGUGAACCACAUCCUGAAAGGCGACCACGGAAAGCUCAUCGCGGUCAUCGAAAACGAGUUUGGCGCGGUAUCCAUCGACGACGCACUCGUCGGCGAGAAUAUCAAAGAGAAGGAGAACAUCAUCACGAUGGACAAUGGGUGUGUGUGCUGCACCGUGCGUGGGGAUUUAGUAAGAGCACUUCUGACGCUGAAAGACCGCGCGAAGAAGUUCGACCAUGUCAUCAUCGAGACGACCGGCCUUGCGGAUCCAGCCCCCGUUGCAUUUACGUUCUUCAUUAACCCGGAGAUUGCGGAAGCAUACAGGAUCGAUUCGAUCCUGUGCCUCGCAGACGCGAAACACAUCGGCCUGCACUUAGCUGAAGAAAAGCCUGACGGCGCUGUGAAUGAAGCAGUACAACAAGUCGCGUUCGCGGACAGAAUUUUACUAAACAAAAUUGAUCUCGUAAACGAUAACCUGCUCGACGAUGUGAUCGACACGUUAAAGAGCAUAAAUGCGGUCGCCGAGGUCAUCAAAACCACGAACAGUGUUGUUGACCUGGACAAGGUUCUGGGCGUAUCUUCCUUUUCAAUCGAAAAGACUCUUGAGGUUGAUCCAGAUUUCCUGGACGAUGAGGAAGGGCACGCUAAGGCGGAGGCGAUUGAAAACGCAGCCGCGGAUGGUACCGAUGACGCCUCUAAGACCGCUGCGUGCACGGACGACUCCCAUGGUCACUCUCAUUCCCAAAUAAACAGGCAGGGGACCACCUUGAAUGAACCUGCGAAGAAAAGACCGCGGAAAAAGAAGCAUGACCUGACCGGCGUGAGCAGCGUCGGGAUCGUCGCCGAGGGCGAGCUCGACUUCGCGGAGGUGAAUACGUUUAUGAUGAAAGUGCUGCAAGAGAACGCGCUAUCGAUUUACCGCAGCAAGGGCGUGAUGUGCUUCAAAGAUCAAGGGGCUGUGAAGUUUGUGUUUCAAGGUGUGCACGAGCAGAUAAACUUCGGGCCGUCGUCCGUCAUGUGGGGACAGGACGAACCGAGAGUGAACAAGAUGGUGUUCAUCGGGAGAAAUUUGAAUCGAAAGGAGCUCGAGGAUGGGUUCAGGGCGUGUAUCGCGAAGUGAGAAGCGGUUGAAAGAAGCACACGUUAGAAAACCGUCAUUUUCUGUUAAGAAACGUUAAAAGGUCGUGACGAAGUUUC